AUGGAGCUUUCUUGCAGAACGUCGGCCUCCGACGUCCGCGGCAGCGACGACAGUCCUCCCACCAGCGGCGACACGUUGGUCUCCAAUAACCCUAGCAAUAUCGAGAGUGCCCCUAAGAGCGGGAACAUGGCGCAAGAGAAACAAAACGACCCUAUGGCUAGCCGGACAGACGGUGGAGUGGAAUACAAGAGCAUGGUCUGGUGGCAGGCGGGAAUGGUCAUGGUCGCUGAAACCAUUUCUCUUGGUAUCCUUUCACUGCCGGCCGCCAUGGCUACCUUGGGCAUCGUACCAGGUCUCAUCUUACUUGUGUUGCUCGGCGCGAUGGCUUCAUAUACCGGGUUUGUCAUCGGACAGUUUAAGAGGCGAUACCCUCACAUUCACUCGAUGGCUUGCGCCGGUGGAGUGUUAUUUGGCAAAUGGGGGGACCGAAUUCUCGGCUGGGGUCAAUUUUUGUUCUACGUCUUUAUCAUGGGCAGUCACAUCUUGACCUUCUCCAUCAUGAUGAACGCCAUCACGGACCACGGCGCCUGCACCAUUAUCUGGAUGGUGAUUGGCACCGUUUUGAGCCUCGUCUUCACGCUGCCACGGACCCUGAAACACCUUUCCUACUACUCGAUCGCCAGCUUCAUCAGUAUCAUCGGAGCGGUCAUGAUCACCAUGAUCGGGGUUUCGAUCACGAAGCCAGGAGCCGGACCAGAUGGGGUCAUCCAUGUUCGACUGUGGCCGCGACCAGGUCUCAGCUUCCAGGACGGAUUCAACGCCGUGUCCAAUAUGGUCUUUGCGUAUGCCGGCCACGUUGCCUUCUUCACCUUCAUCUCCGAGUUGAGGAAUCCAAACGACUUCCCAAAGGCCCUCGCGUUUCUGCAGUGCAGCGACAUUACCAUGUACAUCAUCACGGCUGUGGUGGUGUACUAUUAUGCUGGAGACAAUGUUGCCAGUCCGGCGUUGGACAGUGCUAGCCCAGUGGUCAGGAAGAUUGCGUAUGGGGUGGCAAUUGCGACGAUUGUCAUUGCCGGGGUUGUCAACGGGCAUGUGGGCGCCAAGUUCCUGUACGUGCGACUGCUGAAAAACCGAGAGGACGACCUGCUGCACCAGAAGACCUGGAAAUCAUAUGGAGUGUGGUUUGCCAUCGUUAGCAUUUCGUGGCUGGGGGCUUGGCUCAUUGCUGAAGCCGUGCCAGUGUUCAACCACCUAUUGGGCUUGACCUCGGCCUUGUUUGCAUCUUGGUUCACGUUUGGACUGUCGGGCAUGUUCUGGAUGCACCUGAAUCUGUACGGCAAAUGGACGUGUGCCAAGGCUUUUCUCUUCGUUCUCAACUGUGUCAACAUUCUGGUUGCUGCCAUUCUAUUCGCUGUGGGAACAUAUUCCAGCAUCGCGGCCAUGGUGGAAAAUGGGGCAACCAACAAGCCAUUUUCGUGUGCCAACAAUGCUGGCGGGCAUUGA